AAGUGUGGGGGAAAAGAAAGAGAGAGAAUUAGUGAAACUGAGGGGGAAAGAAACAGAGAGUUAGUGAAAAAGAAAGCAUUACCACCCAACAUAGAGAGGUUCUAAAGAGGCAGAGUCAUUUACAGAGAAAGAAAGAGAGGAAGGUUUCGAAUCUAGUUGGCAACAAUCACUACUGCUGCUCUGUACUACUACUGCAAUAGGAACAAUUCGUGAACGAUGAAUGCGACCGGUGGUGAGAAGGCUAAAAAAACUGUCGGACUCAUUGAGUCCGAUGCUUUGGGGGAUAUCUCGGUGAAAGAAAAUAUAAAACCGGCCUCCGAAUUAUCGGUCAGCGAGAACCGCCAUCAAUUUGAACGUUUCUGUUGUGAAGUUGUGCCCCGACCCGAUACCAAACAUGGAGUAACAGUUCAAGAAAUGACCGUACCUACCGUAGACACAGAAAUUGGGAUUCCUAUAACAAUUUAUAAUCCCCAAAUCUCACCUUUAGACGCAGCAAUAAUGGUUUACUUUCAUGGUGGUGGAUAUAUAAUGGGGUCAAGAAGCACUGUUGAAGAUACAUGUAAAAUAUUAGCUCUCAAAGCACAAUGUUGUGUUGUAAAUGUUGAAUAUCGGUUGGCACCAGAACACAAGUUUCCUGCUUGUUACAACGAUGCUAAGGCAGUUCUACGUUGGGUCAUGAUGAAUAAAUUUCUUGUAGGUGGUAUGCAGCGAAGUAUUGUUGGAGUUGCAGGUGAUAGUGCUGGUGGAAACAUUGCUGCAGCUGUUUGUCAUGAAGUCCCAGGAAUAGCUUUUCAGGUGUUAAUAUAUCCAUUGAUAGAUUUGACUUGCAAAAAUGAAUCGCACAAAACAUUUGCAAAUGGACCCGUUAUAAGUCAAAAAGAUAUGAAGUUUUUCAUUGACAAUUUUCUCAACAAGGACGAAGAAAAGAUGAAUGCUAGAGGCUCACCAAUUUACAGGAAAUCCUUUCAAGAUAUUCCUCCAGCCUUGUUUAUUGUUGCUGAAAUUGAUCCACUUAAAGAUGAUUCACAUGAAUACGGGAAGAAAAUUCGUGAGAAUGGCAUAAAAUCAAAAUCGCUUCUGAUCAGAGGUGUUGUUCAUGGCUUUUUCACCUUACCAGGCAUCUUUGAGAAGUCUUGCCAGAAGGCUUACGAAGAAGUAGGCACUUUCAUCAUGUCACAGUUAUAAACCAAGACCAAUUUUGUGGUUUCAUCCAUACGAUAUUUUUCUCUGUCUCUUUCACUCACACACUCACACCUCGUUUCCCUAAAACUUUGCAAAAAAAAAAAAAAA